AUGCGUGUGAGAGAUAUACAUGCUUGGGAUGCUAUGAUAUGUGGCCUUGCCAUGCAUGGGCAGGUGAAAGAGGCCUUAGCGCUCUUUUAUCGUAUGACAGCGGAUAGGGCUCGACCCAACAACAUUACAUUUGUUGGGUUGUCAUCUGCUUGUGUUCAUGGUGGCCUGGUUGAAGAAGGUUUGAUGCUCUUUGAUUCUAUGGCUCGAGAUUACGGAAUUGAGCCGGAAAUCGAGCAUUAUGGGUGUGUUGUGGACCUCUUAGGCCGAGUUGGUCGCCUUAGAGAGAUCCACGAGCUUAUAUCCAAAAUGCCUGUGGAGCCUGAUCAAGCUAUAAUACUUGGAGCUUGUAGGAUGCAUAAUGACCCUGAUCUGGCGAGGUUCGCUUUGGAGAAGCUCAUAGAAUUAGAGCCUAAAAAUGGGGGGAAUUAUGUCAUUAUGUCAAAUGUGCAUGCAAAUGCUGGAGAUUGGGGUGGAGUUGCAGAGGUGAGAAGGAGGCUGAGAGAAAGGGGUAUCGAGAAGGUCCCUGGUUGUAGCUCAAUUGAGAUUGAUAAAAGGUUCCAUGAGUGUGUUUCGGGAGAUUCAUCACAUCCCCAAAUUGUUGAAGUGUGUGAGGUGCAGCAUGCUUUGGCCAAGCAAUUAAAGAUGGAGGGCUACUUGCCUAAUUUGGAUUUGUUGUGA